AUGACCACAUCUUUGGAAUACCUCGUCGGCCUUGAAGGCACCGAGGUUACCCUCAACUCAUCGCCACAACCGCUGUUUCACACCGACACCUGGGAAAUUGUCGAGAAGCUUGAAGAGAACGCAGAGGUCGCGGACGAGCGAGACGUGGCCGAUGGGUUGGGCCCUUCAGAUGUUGCUGGAAAGUUUCUUUGUCGCCCCGCCGGUUCCGAUGCCCAAAAGAUCGCAUUUAUGCGAAUUUACAAGCAGAUUCCUAUCGCUGGGACUGAGUUCCAGAAGCCUACAAUCCGUGCUGCCCAGGCCGUCGAAUCACCUGACUACAUCGAGCUGAUCGCCCUCAAGGACCUCCGGGAACAAGGCUGUGAUGCUGUGCCUAAGCUCCUUGGGUAUCACUUGGGGAAGCAAGAUGAGGACGAUAUCGUCCCCGGGGGCUACAUCACUUAUCUGGUGUGGGAGAAAGUCCCCGGAGACUCCCUUGAUAGAAAAGGGUUUUGGAGUUAUCCCCUAUCCAAGCGAGAGGAGAUUCGGCACAAGUUUUGCGAGGCUUACAAGAAGCUUGUGAAAUGCGGAUAUCGGCCACUCAUGUCUGUGUCGUCCAAGAUCAUUUACGAUUGGAACACCGGAGAGAUGCACAUCUCCGGAUUCAGUAACGCGGUUCGCAUCGACACAAGCGAGGAGUGGAAUGAUAGAAUCUAUAUCUGGUAUAGCCUGGUUUUGAAAUCCAAGGAAAUGGAUCAGUUCUUUCCUGUCACGGCCACUGAUGUGCUUUUCGACAAAGAGGGCUGGAGAUGGUAA